UGGACAACAGCUGUGCUUUGUGUGUGUUGUGUUUUCUUUUUCCCCAAUUUAAAAGAGAAGCCAUCAGUAAGGUGUUUACUUUCUAUUAAAUACAUACGCAUUAUCAUGGGCAACACGAGUGGUAAAAAGGAAUCGGACAAUGUGUACACAUCUGAGGAGCUGCGCUUCCUAGAGACGGCCUAUCGCAACGCCUCCGGUGGUGCAUUAGAGAAAUUAACCUCAGAUCGACUUGUGGAAACAUGGUCUCAGACAAUUGAGCGUUCCCUAGCCGAGAGCACGGCUCAGUUUCUGUUUAUGCCCACGAAGCCGGGCCAACAAUGUAUAAAUAUACCGUUGAAGAAAUUUGGCGAACCCUACUAUAUUAUGGAACGUGGCACCAUUGAUUUGAAGAUGCAACUGCUACUGUCAUCGAUGGAACGCAGUAGCAACGACAGCUUCAACAUCAAGCAGCUGGAACAGUACAUACACUCGAUCAUUAAGAGCUAUGUGCACCUGGAAAGCACUGCAAAGACGUCCAACAUUAAGGAAUGGCAGGAGAUGGGCUUCAUUACCACAGAACGGUCGCUCUGCAGCUUUGCCAAAGGUCUGAUGCGUAAUCUCACUAAGGAUAUGGAACACACUCUGUCCACUGAUGCGUUGGAACGCUGGUUGCAUGUGACACCCCAGUUUCUGCAGCUGUGGCGCGAGGUAUUCGCGCAGCUCUACACACGCCACGGUGGCAGCAAGCGCACAAUUAUCAAAGAAGUGGAAAUUCCCAUUCUGCCCCAACUGUGUGAUGCACCGCACAACAGUAAUUAUCGGCCGAUCAUCGAGCUGCCACAUGUGCUGUAUAUCAAUGCACAGCUGCCGCGCGAGAUGCGUCAUAAAUGGCGUUUCCUAUUCUCAUCCAAAAUCCAUGGCGAAAGCUUCUCCACCAUGCUUGGCAAGUUGACGGAUAAGGGACCGACGUUGUUCUUUAUUGAGGAUGAAGAUCAAUACAUAUUUGGUGGCUAUGCUCCUGAAUCAUGGUCACUCAAGCCCCAAUUCGGUGGCGAUAAUACAUCGUUGCUCUAUACGCUCAGCCCGGCCAUGCGCUGCUUCACCUCCACUGGCUUCAAUGACCACUAUCAGUAUCUGAACUUGAAUCAGCAGACAAUGCCCAAUGGGCUGGGCAUGGGCGGACAGUUUGAGUUCUGGGGUCUAUGGCUGGACUGCAUGUUUGGCGAGGGUCAGAGUGUCGAGAGUUGUACCACAUAUGGCGACUAUGUGCAGCUGAGCAAACGCAAGCAAUUCAAAAUACGUAAUAUGGAGGUUUGGGCUGUAGGCGAUUUGCCUGUCAAGGAUGAUGAAGAGGGCGGUGAUGGUCAGAAACGUUCCAUUCUGGAUACCAAUCUGGAGGAUCGUGCCAUGCUGGAGAUCGCUGGCAAGACAAUGCAUUCGGAUGGACUUCGUGAGCCGGGCAUGGAUGAUUGAUGGCGGUCGUUGUACAAGGCUUUGAGUGGAGGCUUGGUCUUAUCAUGUUUAAGAAUUUAUAGCACUAUUUCUCUGUUGGGUGUGCGCUUAAAUCCUAUACAUAUUUACUUUAGCCUUAAAAACCUUACACACACACAAAUAAGAACAAAUUGUGCGAACAAAAUUGUAUUUGUUCUAUCCAUUCCUACGAACUUUUGUUAAGCGAAUAAUGUUAAUAUAUAUAGAGAUAUAUACGUAUAUACAAUGUAUUAUGCAUAGUGUCUAUGUAAUACUGAGAGUAUUGUUGUUGCGUUUUAGGAUUACAAGUGAGUGAACAUUUCAAAAGCAAUAUAAUAUAUCGUCGUAAACCUCUUUUUCCGCGUUCAAAUAAAUCGCAAAUUGUUUGCUGAACUCAAAUUUA